CACUUCUUAAAAAAAGAUUCAACAACCAAAUUGGAUAUAAAUAUCAGCAGAGGCUAUACAUUAUUUAUCAAACCAUCUCAUUCAUAACCUUCAAGGGAAAAAAAGAAAAGAAAAAAGAAUUGAAGAUAUGGCUGAAGAAAAGAUUGUUUUUCCUUCGUCAGGUAAAUCGUCGUGGCCGGAACUGGUAUUCGUGAAAUCUUCGGUUGCAGUGCAUUGGAUAGAAAGAGAUCGACCUGAUGUGAAGCCAGUUGUGCUGUUAGCUGGAUCUCCCGUUACCGAAGAUUUAAGGCCAAAUCGAGUUCGUAUUUUUGUUAAUAUGAACGAUAGGGUUGUUGAAGUUCCUAGAACUGGUUGAAUAAAUAUAAUUAAAAAUAUAUAUAUUUGGAAUUACAAUUAAGAUAAUGUAAUAAUAAAGGUAGAAUCUAGAUUUCUACCCUCUUUUAAAUAAACUAUUAUUUUUAAAUAACUUAAAAUAGGAUGCAUACGACCAAAUCUUCCUUUGCAAUACGUCUUAUCCAAAGAGAUAAUCCUAAUGUGAAGAAAAUCGUUGGGCUACAUCUGUCUAGAUAGAACUCCAAUUAUGACUUAAAGAAAUAAGACUUCAACCACUUCGUAUUUUUGUUAA